UUUUCGAUUUCAAUACACUGCAGAUAGUUAAUUAUAGAUUGGUCAAGUAUUAAUCAUAUUUAUCUAUUAUAUUAAAUACCUGCUGUAGUAAAAUAUGUGUUUAUUAAAAAUUCUUCUGGUAUUCUCCUUCUGCUUUGUAGUGGCAUGGUUUAAAAAUAUUGAAGAACAUGAAAAAAAAUCAAUUUACACAGGUACUCACCAAUACUAUGGACAUAUCGCACUGCGAGGAAAUAACUUAGAGGACUCAGAACCCAGUAAAUUCGAACGCUGGUUUACACAACACUUGGAUCAUUUUAAUCCCAAUGACGAGCGAAAAUUUCAGCAACGAUAUUAUGUUAACGAUGAAUUAUUUAACACAACCUCCAGGAACGUGGCGUUUCUUAUGAUAGGUGGUGAAGGAACAGCUUUUGGUAGUAAAGUGACUACCGGUGCUUGGUAUGAUUUAUAUGCCAAACAAUUUAAACCCAUUUUAUUCUAUUUGGAACACAGAUAUUACGGAAAAAGUAAUCCGACAGAGAAUCUAAGCAACGAAAAUCUAGUUUAUUUAACUAGUCAACAAGCCUUAGCUGAUUUGGCCUUCUUCAUAGAAGCUAUGAACAAGCAACACGAACUUUCAUCGGACGUUAAGUGGAUCGUCUUCGGUGGUUCUUAUGCCGGUUCUUUGGCAGCUUGGAUGAGGCUAAAAUAUCCCCAUCUUGUUCACGGAGCCGUAUCAUCUAGUGCACCGUUACUAGCUAAAUUAGAUUUUUCAGAAUAUUUAAAAGUGGUCCGAGAUGCUCUGCGCGCCAACAGCGUAGAAUGCGUAAACGCGAUAAAAAUGGGAAUCAAACAAAUUGACACGUUACUCCUCCAAAGUGCUGGACAACAAAUCAUUGCAGACAAAUUCAAGUAUUUCGAGAACAUCGAUCGCAGUAAUAACAAAUCAAUCGACUUCUCGCUCUUCUACAAUAGGCUAAAACAUGAGUUCUCCCUUGUGGUUCAAUACAAUCCAGAAGAGUUCAUGUCAGUCGAGAAUUUGUGCGAUAUAAUGACCAGUGAAAAUUUUGGAAUGGAGAUCGAUAGAUUGGCAGUGGUUGAUUAUUCGUUUUCUAAAAAUAGAACAAAUAGUUUGGAAGCAGGUAACCGCCAAUGGCUUUAUCAAACGUGCACCGAAUUUGGGUUCCUCCAAACAUCCUCUUCCAAGUCACAGCUAUUUGGCGACAAAUUACAAUUGGACUUCUACGAAAAACAAUGCCUAGAUGACUUCGGACCAAAAUUUAACAAAACCUUCCUGGAAAACGCCGUGAAAAGAACCAACGUAUUGUAUGGUGGUUUGAAUAUUGAAGUGAACAAUGUUGUAUUCGUUCAUGGUUCUUUGGAUCCCUGGCACGCUUUGGGAAUAACGCAAUCUAAAAAUGGCGCACCGGUCAUCUUAAUCGAAGGUGGAUCGCAUUGCUCUGAUAUGCACAAUCCAUUGCCUAACGAUAGUCCACAACUGAAGGCGGCCAGAUAUCAAAUUCAUCGUAUCAUCGGUUCUUGGUUCAAUUUGUAAAACCAGUCAUCGAUAUAAAUAUUAUCCAGAUUAGUGAAUUUUUAAUAAUAUUUAGCUAUUUUAUGAGUUUAAAUUAAAAUAUAAUAUUCUGAUAUGAAAUCGCUCUGGGUUUUUCAAAUAUGAAAGCGACUCAUUUCCUAAAUCGUUAAUUUUUUUACAAUUUCUAUAAAUAUUAAAAAAAAAACAAAUAGGUACAUUUCUUCCAACACUACUUUCUUUUUCUAAAUGUCUU